AUGACUGCACACAGAGCAUCUGCAGCUGUUACUGCAAGCAGUCACACUUCACAAUGGAUGAGGGCAUGCCAGGUCGCUUGCAUUGCUCUUUGCUGUUUUCUCUUCUUCAUGCACCACAGUGAUGUGACGCGGUAUGCCAUGAUGGUGAGGACCAAAACAUCGAGCAGAUCAGUGUCGCUGCCCAUGCGAUUGCAACUUCCAUUUUGCUACAACGUUUCUGCUGCGCAGAACUGGUAUGUUGUCAUAGCAAGUUGCAGCAGAAUGUUGCUUGUAUGGUCCAAAUCAAAGAAAUCGUUUUGUUGUGAUAUAGCUCUUUAUUCUGAUAUAGUACAUUGUGCUUGUUGUUGUGCUGUUGUGGAUCAGAAUGUUGCAAUCACCAUGAAUGGAUCUUGUCUCCAACCUGUGCAAACACUCCAGCUUCAGAUAUUUCUAGAUAAGUUUUCAGAUGUUUUUGUGCAUGUGCCCUGCUUGGCCCUGCAUGCAAACAAGAAGCCAGAGCCAGUCCCAGGGUCGGAAAACAGAACAUGA